UCAUUUCAAAGCGAAAGUAAAAAGGGAAAACGUAAAGGGCAGAGGAGGGGAGCCCUUCUUCUUCUUCUUCUUCUUCGUGAAGAAGCUGCCGAUUUUAGAAAAAAGGAAACGACUUUAUUGUAACCCAAAGAUGAGUCAUCUUAGGUGUUAUCAUUAAUUACCCUCUGAAAGUCUCGAGCUUGCAGAUCUAUUGGAGCUCCUAGGUCAAUCAAUGGGAGCAGUGGCUGCGUGGCUUGCUACAGAGAACGCAGCAGAGCAACUGAGACUUCGAAGGACCCUCCUUCUCCACCUUUUAUAGCUCAAAAGAAACCAAACGUCUCUGAGGAUUUUUGGUCAACAAGCACGGUUGAUAUGGACAACAUCACCUUCCCUUCUCAGGGGAGCAUCUCAUCAUCCAACCAGACUUUUGAUUCUCAGUCUGCUGCCAGGAACUUAAAUGCCCCACCUGAGUUUGUAAACCAAGGUCUUCUUCUUUGGAAUCAGACACGGGAGCGUUGGGUGGGUAAGGAAAGAGCCAGUAAUCCACGGGAACGCAAGCAAGGAGCCAAGAUAAAUUGGAACGCAGCAUCAUAUGAUAGCUUGCUGGGGAGCAACAACUUAUUUCCCCAACCCAUUCCUCUCAAUGAGAUGGUGGAUUUUCUAGUGGAGGUUUGGGAACAAGAUGGUCUAUAUGACUGAUGAACAAGACUUGAAAGACAUACACACACACACACACACUAGUCUGAUUAUUUUGUAUUUGUUUGGUUUAUGAAGUCCCUUGUUGUACCAUUUCAUUUGGAAUUGUUGGAGAAAACCGGGAAUGUUCAUCAGUAAAUGAGAAUUUUUUUUUGUUGUACCA